ACGUAAUGUUAUUUUUGGAAAUGACAAAAUGUUGCCAUUCUGAUAUUUAUGACACCACUUCGAUAGCCCGCCUCUCCUCUGUUAAUUUCGAAACUCCCUGUCAGAACUCGCGUUCGGCGGAAUACAGUUUCGUGCGGCAGCUGCGUUAAGAAAAAAGGAAGAGCUUGGGGUUCUACCAAAAAAAAAGAAAGUGGAAGAGGUUGGUGACUGCUGUUUCGGUUUCUACUCUGUGAGGCAGCGCGGAGAAGAAAGAAUUGAGGAUCCAGAGAACAAGAAUGGGGCUUCAAGAAAAAAAGGUAAACGCAAAAAAUGGAGGAAGUUCGAGUAAAGAGCUUUUGCGGCUGGAAAAGGAGGGUUCAGCAGCCAUAGCCCGGUCGGCUCGCGAAUCUUCACUUCUCCUUCCCAUGGGAAACUUACGACUGCUGCAGUUCCUGAUAGCCAAGGUAACGUUACUUUCGAAUUCUUCACUUAUUAGAAUUCAGUUUCAUUGAUGGUGGAGUCACCAGGUGAAGAAAUGGAAAGGUUCUGUUCUGCGGUAUAUGGCGUAUAUCUUCGUUCUAUUUACAUGGAUGUGGCAGUUUUGACUCCAACGUUAUUGUACUGAAACUGAUGCUAGGCUUGUGGAUUAAUUACCAUUCUUGGAUGAGUCUUCAGCUUGUUUUUUGAACCAUUGUUGGGAUGUUUGUGGUAUGUAUGGACGUAUAAGUUAGUUGCAAACAAAUCCAAGUCCCUAUGCUGAACUUCCAUUAGAGUUUGGCAGCUCUUUUUAUUGAUCAUUCUGGAAAGAUGACCACCAAUUUGAGCUGAAUGCUGUUGGUUUGGCGGCGGACUGCGUUAGUAUAUUGCAUUUCGAGAAGGGUCCGUUCUGCUGUAGGCUAUCACUUACUUGACCUCUAGAGAAUUAGUGCUAUCACUUACUUGACUUACAUUCCCCAAAUCUAGACCUUAUUUUAUCAUGCAAGAAUUUUCCUCUUGAGCAUUUUAUGUAAUGUCCACAAGUGAUGGGGGUGGAACAAUGGAAGUUUGCAUUUUGGUUGCAAGGAAGAACCUGAUAUACUUUCUCUUUUGGCCUGGUUUGUUUCAUGCGGGGUGUGCUGAGUAGUUUUCUGUGGUCUAUUGCUCUUUCGAUUAAUGUCUUCUUUUCAUUCAUUAAAAGAAACCAAGGUAGUAGUGAAAUUUGGGGUUUAAUGAACUUUUUUUAUAGCUGAAUGUUGAAGCUUUAUACAAUAAGGUGUUAGGCAUUGUACUGAACGGAAAAUAUGUCACUACAUUGUCCGGUUUCCAGACUAGUAGGAGACUCGAAAUAAAGCCCUAUACGUUGCAGAGCAAGAAAAAGGUCAGGUUAUAUGGACAUGGGCUGUUAGGUUGAUGAAGAACUCCUGGUACCCUAGUGGUCCUUCUCUUUUUUAUUUCCAUAUACCGAAGAACUCCGGGUACCCAUGAUCUUACAUGUAAUUAUGUUAAUGUUUCGUCGUCAGAGUUGAUUGGCUGAUCACCACCCAGUAUUGCAAAGACUACCUAUUCUUGCAUCUCAGAUUGUUUGAUAGUUCUGCAUCUAUUUGAUUUUGAUCUUUGAGGACGGGAAUUCUCAAGUUAAAUUAUGGGUCACGCUUCACGAAUUGUAAUGAAUGGUCACAGUUUCUACCAGUGGCAUGUUUAUUAGGAAGGAACUCUUUCACUUUGUGGUGUUUCACCCCUCAUCUGCUUUUGGUCUGCUAGACUCACUUAUCUGAUAAUUCACACGCUGUACGUUUUGUUUUCAUGUGAUGCAGUGCUAGGAAGAGUUAAAGAUCUACUGGAACUCAUAGCAAAACAGCCAGAUCCCAAGGUUUAUUCACUUAAUGCUGAGGAUCCACCUCUUCUCCAGUUUCAAAUACAGUAUGUCUAACCCAUUUCUUGUUUGUCGAUGAAUAUGUAGGAUAAUUCCGGGAACUGUGACAUCGAAGCACUCACAGGUAACGAAUCCGAAGUUAUUGAAAUGGUACUGUGAUAUCUGCCUUUUUCCAUGGUACAACAACUCCAGCUUUUAUCUGAAUGAAAUCAUCAUGGUGUCUUUUUCCUAGGACUUGAUGCUGGGUGUGGCAGAGCUUCACAAUGAGCAAGCUGUAGCUGCUGCUGAAGCUGCCCUAGCUGGAGCCCUACCACUGAUAACAUUGGAUGGUAGUAGUAGCAGCGAGUCAGACUCGGAAGAUUCAAGCGAUGAUGAAUCUGAUACGGAAGGUGUUGAUGAUCAUGAUAGUGCAAGAAAUGACGAUAUCAGGAAAGACGCUUCAUCAAAUGACGCAUCAACGUUCAGCAGAGAUGGUUCAACUGGAGUUGUCAACAAGAGCCCAAAGAAGCAACCUAAAAUUAUUGAGAUGCUUUGAAUCCCAUUCCAAUAGGGUAUUGAAUUUCGCUUUUUUGACAGUAAGUUUGCAAAUAUGAAUCUUUUGUGCAACCUGGUAACAACACCAUCACUUCUAAUCAUCUUCCUCGACCAUUCUGCUAGAAACUUUCUGAUCUUUUUCAUAUCUAAGGAGAAGUAAUAAUAAGAUCACUCUUGCCGAGAGAGUAGAAUAUUCCAAAACAACAAGGCACUGCCAGUCUGCCACUAACACGCGAUUAAACUUGGGCCAAAAUC